AUGUCGCGGCUGGACGACCUGCCGAAUCGAGAGCUUGCCGAAGAAAUUGAUGCCAUAAAUGCCAUCUACGACCCUGACACGGUGACGGUGACCCGGGCGGCAACCGCGCAAAUCAAUACCACCACGAGUACCCUCGAUCUAGGAAGCUCCGGAUCCUCUACUGAUGAGGCACAGACCACGGUGACGCUUCAGAUCCCUGGCCAGUCACAUCUUUCUUUUCGCCUUGGAUUUGGCGCCACAUAUCCGGAGACUCAGCCCGCAGUGCUUGGGACCGCGUCGACUGCGGCUCGUGGGGAGGGGAAAAUAGCCGUGGACGUGCUGGAGGAUAUUGUACAACGGACAUGGCAACCAGGUUCUGUCUGUCUGUUUGACGUGAUUAGUGAAGCUGUGGAAGUAUUUCCAGAGUUGAAUAUCGGCGGGAGCAAGGACAGCACGCAGAUAGAGACGACAGACCCCGCUACCGCUGCAGGCCUCAUGUCAAGCCAAACUGCAAACGGACCGACAGCGAGACAGGCAACGGAAGGCUUUGCAGCUCUUUCUCUACAAGAUACAUUUGGAUUGGAUAAGCCACCUGAUUGGAUCCUCUCCGAUGUCGUGACGGAAAAGAAGUCUGUGUUCUUGGGCAGAGUGAUACGGGUAAAAAGCCUAGCGCAGGCGCAGGCUUUCCUAGACCAUUUGACAGCAACGGACAAGAAAGUUGCAGUCGCGACGCACAACAUCAGCGCGUGGCGUAUCAAGCAAAAGAAAGACAAUGGGUCUCGUGCCUCGGACAACAGCGCUGACGCUGACUCGGCGGAUACAGUGAUUCAGGAUUACGACGACGAUGGAGAAACGGCUGCAGGGGGGCGCUUGCUCCAUGUGAUGCAGCUCAUGGAUGUAUGGAAUGUCCUUGUUGUGGUCUCGCGAUGGUACGGCGGGAUCCAACUGGGACCUGCCCGAUUUCGGCUGAUCAACGAGGCCGGCCGUGACGCUCUGGUCAAGGGUGGCUUCACCCGGGAUGAGAAUACGGCUGGUCCUGAGAAGGGCAAAAAGAAAGGAAAGAAGUGA